AUGCCUGGAACAGAGCAGACAAUAAAUACACGAAAAAAGAGUCGGGAGGAGUCGAGCGGUGAGGGAAGUGGUGUGGAGAUCCUGGCCAACCGGCCCUACACGGACGGGCCCGGCGGCAGUGGGCAAUACACUCACAAGGUGUACCACGUGGGCUCCCACAUCCCAGGCUGGUUCCGGGCGCUGCUGCCCAAGGCCGCCCUGCAGGUGGAAGAGGAAUCCUGGAAUGCGUAUCCCUACACCCGAACUCGGUACACCUGCCCCUUUGUGGAGAAAUUCUCCAUUGAAAUAGAGACUUACUACCUGCCUGACGGGGGGCAGCAGCCAAAUGUCUUCAACCUGAGUGGAGCAGAGAGGAGACAGCGCAUCCUGGAUACCAUCGACAUCGUGCGGGACGCCGUGGCCCCAGGAGAAUACAAAGCAGAAGAGGACCCCCGGCUGUACCGCUCGGCCAAGACCGGCCGGGGACCGUUGGCCGAUGACUGGGCUCGCACAGCGGCCCAGACCGGGCCCCUCAUGUGUGCCUAUAAGCUGUGCAAGGUCGAGUUCCGCUACUGGGGCAUGCAGGCCAAGAUCGAGCAGUUCAUCCACGAUGUCGGUCUGCGUCGAGUGAUGCUACGGGCCCACCGCCAGGCCUGGUGCUGGCAGGAUGAAUGGACAGAGCUGAGCAUGGCUGACAUCCGGGCGUUGGAGGAAGAGACUGCCCGCAUGUUGGCACAGCGCAUGGCCAAGUGCAACACGGGCGGUGAGGGGCCCGAAGCCCAGGCCCCUGGGAAGCCUAGUGCUGAGGCCCGGGCUGCGGCCAGCCAUGCUGGCACCCCCGACCGGCCCGAGGCACCCUCCGGCCCCGAUGCCUCGCCCGAUGCCAGUUUUGGGAAGCAGUGGUCCUCAUCUUCCCGCUCGUCCUACUCAUCCCAGCACGGAGGGGGCGUGUCUCCCCAGAGCCUGUCCGAAUGGCGCAUGCAGAACAUCGCCCGAGACUCUGAGAACAGCUCCGAGGAGGAGUUCUUUGAUGCCCACGAAGGCUUCUCGGACAGUGACGAGGUCUUCCCCAAGGAGAUGACCAAGUGGAACUCCAGUGACUUCAUUGAUGCCUUUGCCUCCCCCGUGGAGGCCGAGGGGCCCCCAGACUCUGGAACCGAGGCCACCAAAGACACCGGGGAUGGGGCCCGAGCGCCCAGGGACUCAGAGGGCCCAGACGGAGCCGGGGAGCUGGGCGCCGAGGCGUGCGCCGUGCACGCCCUCUUCCUCAUCCUGCACAGCGGCAACAUCCUGGACUCAGGCCCUGGAGACGCCAACUCCAAGCAGGCGGACGUGCAGACCCUGAGCCUGGCCUUUGAGGCCGUCACCCGAGUCCACUUCCCCGAGGCCCUGGGCCACGUGGCGCUGCGUCUGGUGCCCUGCCCACCCAUCUGCGCGGCCGCCUAUGCCCUUGUCUCCAAGUACUGGUCAGGGGCGGAAGGGCGGGGGACACACAGGGUCUCCAAGGUGCAGAUAGCCACCGGGGGCUCCCGGGACCAAAGAGACAACGUCAAGGCCUACUUCAAGCGGGGCAAGGCGCACGCGGCCGUGUGGAAUGCCCAGGAGGCCCAGGCUGACUUUGCCAAGGUGCUGGAGCUGGACCCCGCCCUGGCGCCCAUCGUGAGCCGUGAGCUUCGGGCCCUGGAGGCACGCAUCCGGCAGAAGGACGAAGAGGACAAGGCUCGCUUCCGGGGCAUCUUCUCCCACUGA